UCUGCCGCCCACUUCCCCCCUCCCCCGCCCGCGCCCGCGCAGUAUAUUCACUCGCCGCCCUCUCCUUCCUCCGCCCUCAGACGCGCGCGCACGCAUAGGAGGAGCAGACCAGCUAGCUAGCCGACCCCGGAAUGGCGCCGCAGCAAGGGUCGCGUGGCGCCAAGGGCGACGGUGCCGUCGCGGCGGCCAUGGAGAUGGGUGGAGCGGGAAGAGGACGAUCGUCGACGGGGGCGGGGGCGGGGUGGGCCUGGUCGUGGGCGUGCUGCGCCGUGGCGGCCGGCGUGGCGGCGGUGGGGCUGGCGGGGGCCGGCGUGCUGGUGUGGUGGGCGGUGGCGUUCCACCCGGCGCGGGAGCAGCUCUGGAUGGUGCCCGUCGGCCUCGUCCUCCUCGGCACGCCGCUCGUCGCCUGGCUCUCCCUCUUCGCCUCCGGCGCAUGCCGCCGCCUCGGGACCACUACCCACCACCACCACCCGCCUCCGGCCGAGCGAUGAGACACGAUCCCGCCGGCGCCGCAGCUCCGCGUGCAGGCAUCCACGUUGCUUUCGGUCCCGGAUUCUUGAUCUUGCUUGUAAAUCUCAUUGCGUUUCUCUCGGUCGCAUCGCACUAGCAGCGGCAGCCGUGUUAGCAUAGCUUCUACUCUGUUGUUGGUGUUUCUUGUCGUUUAAGAUGAUCGGAAUGUAAGCAACAGCUGCCGCUACCUCAGUGCCGAUCUCUCUGCCUUGUAUAUUUGGCUGGUAGCUAGGCCCGCAGAUUAGUUGGAUAAGUAGGUACGUACGUGCAAUUUUUGUGCACAAAGAAAAGGGUUUUCGUAGCCCCGCAGAUUA